AUGAGUUCUGUGGGUGUAUUUCUUAAGGAGGAAAUUGAUGGAAAACCUUUUUUGGUAUUCACAUUAGCACAAACAAAAAACCUUACCUCUUCUAGUGGAGCACUAGCCAUAAAUUCUGGUAGCGACAACCUCCCUCUUCAACCUCUUUUUUUCUGCCCUGCUUCCCGUAUCAAUUUUCAGAACCUCAACCUUACGGAGGAGGAUAAGGAGAAGUUUCGGCCAUUUAAUUCUUCUCCUCAUUUCCCAAACACAAGAAGCGGUGAUCAGCAAGGCGGAUCUUUGCUUGAUUGCGACCAACAUGGUAUAUGUAAGCUCCCUGUAGUCCCUCUCUUUUGGUGCAACAAUAAAAGUCCUAGUUCUGACGAAUUCAUGUGCGGUGCAUGCGAAAAAAUAGUGCUCAGCACAAACUAUUUUGCAUGUCUCCAGUGUCAAAAAAAUUUCCAUAAAGAAUGCGUCCAGUCUCCACUUGAGAUCAAACACCCUUCCCACCCCUUUCACUCUCUUCGACUUUAUAGUUACCUAAAAGAUUUCAAGACAUGCUUUUGUUGUAAAGUUUUUAACAGUAUGGUCAUGCUUUAUCAUUGUACCACCUGGGAUUUGAGUAUGCAUACAGUAUGUGCGAUGAGAUCAAUACCCUUUGUUGUCGACCAUCCAAAAAGCCAUUUACAUCCUCUUACCUUUUUUCCCGCACAAGCUUCUUUAAUUUGCAGUUUCUGUGCAACGAUUAAGAAGCUUGAUCCCACAUACAUCUGUAUCGAAUGUGUCUUCGUGAUCCAUGAACACUGUAUGGGUUUCCCACAUGUCAUAAGAAUAUCCCGUCACAACCACCGUAUCUCUUUUACCUCUUCUCUUCCAUCCGGAAAUCUGUUUUGCAGAGCUUGUCAUCAACAAGUUGACAACGAUUAUGGUGCUUACUGAAAUUCCGGAUGAACCAAGAAUCGUAUUCCCCAAACUCAGAACCACUGAGUAUCACUUUAUUAGAAAUCUGAUUAAGAAGUUUACAACUACCUUAAUUGGUUUUACACAAGAUCUAAACUACUUUAGCUUGUCACCUGAGAUUUCCCUAAACACACAAGAGCAGAUCACAAGAACACACUCUUUGAUCUCUCUAGAAUUUCAAUCAGACUAAACCUUAGUCUCUAAUAAUGAAAAGUGUUGCACUAGCUUUUCACUCACAAUCACGGCUAGAUCUAACAAGAACCUUAGCACCU